UCAACUCUUCACCAGUUUGUUAAGUCGCCUUCCCCUUUGUCUCUUGGCUCCAUCGACGAGUCCGUCACUUUCACCCUUAUAAAUAUCUCCGCCACUCUCCCCCCCAUCACCAACCCCUCUCUCCAACUCUCUACCAACUCUCUCAAAUGGAGUCCGCCGCUCUCUCCCGCAUCGGUCUCGCCGGCCUCGCCGUCAUGGGCCAAAACCUCGCCCUGAACAUCGCCGACAAAGGCUUCCCCAUCUCCGUCUACAACCGAACCACCUCCAAAGUCGACGAAACCCUAGAUCGCGCCUCCGAGGAAGGCAAGCUCCCAGUCUCCGGCCAAUACUCCCCUCGCGACUUCGUCCUCUCCAUCCAGCGCCCCAGAUCCGUCAUCAUCCUCGUCAAAGCCGGCGCCCCCGUUGACCAGACCAUCUCCGCCCUCUCCGAGUACAUGGAGCCAGGGGACUGCAUCAUCGACGGCGGUAACGAGUGGUACCAGAACACAGAGCGAAGGAUCGUCGAAGCUGAGAAGAAAGGAUUGCUCUACUUGGGGAUGGGAGUCUCCGGAGGCGAGGAAGGGGCUCGUAACGGCCCCUCCCUCAUGCCUGGAGGAUCCUUCCAGGCGUAUAACAAUGUUAAAGACAUUCUCGAGAAAGUCGCUGCUCAGGUGGAGGAUGGUCCCUGCGUGACUUAUAUAGGAGAAGGCGGAUCUGGGAACUUCGUGAAGAUGGUUCAUAAUGGGAUCGAGUACGGUGAUAUGCAGCUCAUUUCCGAGGCUUACGAUGUUUUGAAGAACGUUGGGGGAUUAAGCAAUGAUGAGCUGGCGGAGAUUUUUACAGAGUGGAACCGAGGUGAGCUGGAGAGUUUCUUGGUUGAGAUUACUUCGGAUAUUUUUAGGGUUAAAGAUGAGUUUGGUGAUGGGGAGUUAGUGGAUAAGAUUUUGGAUAAGACUGGUAUGAAAGGUACUGGGAAAUGGACUGUUCAGCAGGCGGCUGAGCUAUCAGUGGCGGCACCGACUAUUGCUGCUUCGUUGGAUUGUAGGUACUUGAGUGGACUCAAGGAGGAGAGGGAGAAUGCGGCCAAAGUGUUGGAGGAAGCUGGAUUGAAGGAGGAUAUUGGUUCUGCGUCUCGUGGGAUUGAUAAAAAGAGGUUGAUUGAUGAUGUGAGGCAAGCUUUGUACGCUUCUAAGAUCUGUAGUUAUGCUCAAGGGAUGAAUUUGCUUAGAGCUAAGAGUGUGGAGAAGGAGUGGGGCUUGAAUCUUGGUGAGAUGGCUCGGAUUUGGAAAGGAGGGUGUAUUAUCAGGGCGGUGUUCUUGGACAGGAUCAAGAAAGCUUACCAGAGGAACCCGAAUCUUGCGAGUUUGGUGGUUGAUCCUGAUUUCGCUAAAGAGAUGGUUCAGAGGCAGGCGGCGUGGAGGAGAGUCGUGGGUUUGGCCAUCUCUGCGGGGAUAAGCACGCCUGGAAUGUGCGCGAGUCUUGCCUACUUCGACACUUACAGGCGUGCGAGACUGCCUGCGAAUCUGGUUCAGGCGCAGAGAGAUCUCUUUGGAGCUCAUACGUAUGAGAGGACCGAUCGUCCUGGUGCGUACCACACGGAAUGGACUAAGCUUGCUAGGAAGGGGAAUUAGAUUGUUGAGGUUAUCCUCUCUUUCUCACGCUUUGUCUUGUGCUUAAUUCUGAAUUCAGUGUGUUUGAUUUUUCCCCGAAAGCUUUUCAUGUUGUGUAGGGCUUUGUUUCCAUGAUUUUAAUCCUUUGAAAAAAAGAGAGUUUCAUGCUUUUGAAGGCAUAGAAAACGAAAACAAAACAAGCAAAUUGUUUCAGCUUAUUUUGUUCAGUUCUAAUAAGAAAUGCAAUGCCCUGACUCUG